AUUUUUAUUAAAGAGCUGUUGGUGUUAUCUCGUUGAGAAUUUUGGAUUAAUAUUUUUUAUACGUAGUGGCAUAUAAAAUAUAAUAGAAAAUGUAAUCCGAGAAUUGGAAGUUGCAAUUAGAAUGUUAAUGCUAAAUCAUAGAAUGUAUACUUAAAUCAUACAGGUUAAGACCGCCUUCGCGCGAAAAAGUAACACAGGAAGUGUUACAUAAUGCGAUUCAUAUGCAUGAGUUUUAGGUGAAACCAGGUAAUUUCAUGACCAUGCUUUAGCAUCGUGCGUACGUUACUUACUAAUGUCGGUUAUUACGGUAUAUUUUGUUUUCAUUGUACCCACUUCCCUGUGGCUAUAUAGCAGAGCUUAUGAUUAGGAACUGUAUUUGGGAAAGGCGAGUGUGAGUAAGAGAGAGAGAGAUCGAGGCCAUAACACGGUACAUUGUACCAGAAAGGUGGUGGUAUACAAUCUUCUAUCUGGAUGGAUAUUGUAAUCGGUGCUGGCCAAAAUAACCGGUGUUGUUUGGAUAUAGUAUGGAAGGUUUGGCGGUUAAAGUUCUAAAGAUAAAAGUGUGAUAAACGAAGGGGAAGUUGCGCGGGAUUCGCCGUGCGGUGGUGGGAAAAUGUCGCAACAGCGCCGUAGUCGUCGCCGCCGUUGUUGGGGGAGGCGGGGCCGGUCCUGGUCUGUGGAGGGCAGGCGGCGACGUUGCCGUUCGCCUACUCUUUGGCUCCCAUGCGUUGUGUGCGAGGUAUUCUAACCGGUCUGGCACCGACCGGGUUCACCACAUAGAGAGUGCUGCUAGUAGGCAGAUAUGGCAUCUCAUUGGUAUUGCGCCAUUAAAUAUUUGUGUCGCGGAUUGUUUGUUGCGCUCCUCGCAGCUAGCUAUCACUUGCCGGAUACAUGAUGCUGUCGCAAGAGGAGGCCGUAUCCGUUCAAAUGUGAUUUGAAAUGAAACGUUUGCGUGACGAGACAGUAAAGGAAGGAAGCGGACCUCCAAGUAGCCUGUAUCGUUCAUCAUUGCCAAAUACGACGGGGUCAUCGGGGCUCUCGUUCACGAGUGCAGGGACAGUGAAGGUAGUGGCGGAGGGAAUGCAGUCGGGCAUCUAUUCAUCAACACCGACCGUUAAUUACGGGGCGAUGCCAGCCGUCGCGGCGCCCCACGCGGGCAAACCCCAGGCUAUGCAGCCCUUGGCGAUGGGCGGCCACUCGCAGGUCAGGUCUAAGGGCGCUUCGCCUCCCACUGCCCCACCGCAGGGCCCUCAGCAACAGCAGUCUCCCGGCAACAGUUUUCAACGUCUCAAAGUCGAAGACGCGUUAUCUUAUUUAGACAUGGUGAAAUUUAAAUUCAACGACAAGCCCCAAGUGUACAAUGACUUUCUGGACAUUAUGAAAGAGUUUAAAAGCCAAUCGAUUGACACGCCCGGCGUGAUCCAAAGGGUGUCCAACCUGUUCAAAGGUUACCCGGAGCUGAUUGUUGGUUUCAAUACCUUCUUACCCCCGGGCUACAAGAUCGAAGUGCAGAGGAACGAGCGUGGAUAUGACUAUCAGGUGUCUGUGAGUGUUCCCAGUCCAACUGGUACUUUGAUGUCAGAUCCCCAGCACCAAAAGCCGUCCAUGAUACUGAGCGGUUCUGGAACGAUAAUACAUAGUAGUAACAUGAGUAGCAGCAUCAGCAGUAUGAGCCAAUCUCCCAUUACUCCCACUCAGCAACCCCAGCAACAACAGCAACAACCACCACCUCAGCCACCACCGCAGCAGCAGCAGCCGCAACAACAACAGCCCCUUAUAAUAUCGUCCCACGUUACCACCACGGUGCCGCCCCAAGCACCUACUAACACUCCCGUUAUGCAUUCGUCCUCCGGAUACAAUGCUACCUCAAACAUUCACAACAAUUCGACAGCAGCCCACAACGCACUAACACUUUCUGCCGCCCAAGCUGCCGUCACACAAGCCCUUCAAGGCGGUCACGUGGAGACCCCGCAAAAUCAGCCGGUCGAGUUCAACCAUGCCAUAAACUACGUCAACAAAAUAAAGAACCGCUUCCAAUCACAGCCAGAAAAGUACAAGCGGUUUCUGGAGAUUCUUCACACGUACCAAAAGGAACAGCGAACCCUAAAGGAAACAUCCCAGAGCUCAAGCGGAGGAGGCAAACAUCUCACCGAGCAAGAAGUUUAUAGCCAAGUGGCGAAGUUAUUUGAGAAUCAGAGUGACCUUUUGGCCGAGUUUGGGCAAUUUUUGCCGGACGCGACUAGUCACAUUACACCAGCGCCGCUUUCUGAUCAUAUGCCAAGCUCCAAUGUUAAAAAGACUCUGCAAACAAGUAAAUCGUACAGAGAUCACAUUCCGGAGAGGCAUCUGUCCCAUAAGCCUGGUCAUAUGUCUGUGCAGGUAAAAAGAUCGCCGCCUUACCCGAGCACCAUAAGGGAGGCCCCGCCUCCAAAGAAGCAUAAAAUGUCUUCGUGCCGGGACGUCACAUUAGCAGAAGCAGGAAAAUAUGGUACAUUGAAUGAAUAUGCUUUCUUCGACAAGGUGAGGAAGGCGCUUCGAUCUCAAGACGUUUACAACAAUUUUUUAAGGCUGCUAACUUUAUUCAAUAACGAGAUCGUAUCUAAAAGCGAACUGGUGCAAUUAGUAAUGCCCUUUUUGAGUAAGUUCCCGGAAUUAAUGCGUUGGUUUCGUGAAUUUGUCGGUCAGCAUGACGUUGAGCCCGUAUCUUUUAACAGCAACGCAAGACCUGACCGGCCUCUGGGCGCGGAACAUGUCCAUGACGUUGAUUACUCGACGGCUGAACGUUUUGGCGCCAGCUACUGUGUAAUUCCUCCAUCGCAAAAGGGUCUUACGUUUUCUGGAUGGACGGAUUUGUGCCAUGAUGUUCUUAACAAUGAGUUGGUCUCGUUUCCGACAUGGUCGGAGGAUAGUUCGUUCGUUGGUUCACGAAAGAAUCAAUACGAAGAAUACAUGUACAGGUGCGAAGACGAGCGAUUUGAAUUAGACGUGGUUAUCGAAACAAAUGCGUCGACCAUCCGAGUUUUGGAAGGCGUUGCUAAAAAGCUGAACAGAAUGAAUGCUGAGGACGUGGCCAAAUAUCGCCUGGAUGAUUGUCUUGGCGGGUCUUCGCCGAUUCUCCACCAGAAAGCUCUCCGGCGAAUCUAUGGAGAGAAAGCUCAAGAUAUCAUAGAUGGUUUAAAAAGAAAUCCAGCAGUUGCCGUACCAGUGGUGCUGCGACGGCUCAAAGCCAAGGAAGAAGAGUGGCGAGAAGCGCAGAAGGGUUUCAAUAAGAUCUGGCGAGAGCAAAAUGAAAAGCACUAUUUGAAAAGUCUUGAUUAUCAGGGCAUUAAUUUUAAACAAAAUGACACAAAGGCUUUUCGCUCAAAGAGCCUCUUUCAAGAAAUAGAAACGAUUUUUGAAGAAAGAAAUGAACAAAAUGAUGAAGGUCAAAUCGAUCCCAUAGUUGGCCCGCAUUUAGUGUGUGUCUACCGUGAUCGCUCCAUUCUUGAUGAUGCUGCCAAUCUUCUCAUCCAUCAUGUUAAGAGGCAGACAGGAGUUCAAAAGGGCGAAAAACGUAGGAUUAAGCAUAUUCUGCGACAAUUCGUACCCGACCUCUUUUUCUAUCCGCGUCAGCAACUUAGCGACGACGAAAGAGAAGAUGAUGAUGACAAGGAAGAAGGAAACGAAAGUCCCAAUUCGAGUUCGUCUAGCAAAGAAGAAGUGAAGAAGAAAGGAAAUUCAAGUCCUGGUAAAUCACCUGUCCGAGCUAGCGGCGGUGAUACUUCGGACACUGUUGAUAUUAAACCCGAGGAGCUGAUCGAUAUCAAGGAAGAGGACAUUAAAGUUCCACUGCACGCCCAAACAACUGACCCCGAUGAAUCUUAUACAGUCUUCAUGGCGAGCAAUAGUUGGUAUCUGUUUCUUCGACUACAUGCGAUUCUGUGCGAACGUUUGGCAAAAAUCUACGACCGAGCGGUGAAGUUAGCCGAAGAGGAGCGGAAGCAAAAGACCAGCAGGAGAGAGAGUACAGCAGUUGCCCUUCGCCUGAAGCCAAAACCUCAAAUAGAAGUCGAGUCAUACUACCCAGCAUUUUUAGAUAUGGUUAAAAAUUUGCUCGACGGCAACAUGGAAUCCAACUCCUACGAAGACACCUUACGGGAGAUGUUCGGAAUUCAUGCCUACAUCGCUUUCACAUUGGACAAGGUUGUGUCGAAUGGUGUGCGGCAGCUGCAGCAUUGCGUGUCGGAGAGGAUAGCCAUCACGUGUAUGGAGGUCUUCCAGAAGGAACAAAAGCGGGGCUCAUGCGGAGGAGCGUGUGCGACGGCACACCGACGAUUGCAUCAGGAACUCAUGUAUCAACACACAAUAGAGAGGGCAGUUCAAGAUGAGAACUGCUUCAAAUUGUAUAUUUAUAAGCGUGACGGUCGAAUGACAAUCGAAAUGAUCGACACCGACACUGAGGAGCUCAAGAAAUUCGAGGAGACUAAGAAAUGGAGCACCUAUAAAGAAAACUACGCGGACUGUACGAACGUAGAGUCAAAGCCAUCUUUGCCUUUGUACCUCAGCAGGAACAUGAGAAAAUAUAAUAAGAAGAACAGUGGCAAACGGCGAAACAGUGUCGCGUGUAACGAUAAAAACGGUUCAGGUAGUGUUGGUGGAAGUGGUGUUGGUGAGGACGACAAUAACGGCGGGGAUAAGAGGCUGAACUCUCUCGAGGAAGAGCUAGAGCGUAAACUCAAUCAGAGGGCGCCUCCGGAGCGCGACCAAACCGAACACCGCGACUACGAUGUAUCCGACGAGACCCAGUGCAGAUUUAAUGCUGCCGAUUCCAAAAUUGUAUAUGUAGCUAAUAAAGACAGUUUUCUGUAUAAACGAAGUGCCUUGACCAGAGCCAAACAAAGUCAUCCCUCGGUAACGAAAUUUAAAGCGAACCGUUUUCGCAGUUGGUGUAAAAAGUGGGUGUCAGUUAACGUGAGUGAAUCGCAGAGCAAACAGUGCACGGAUUGGCUGAUGGGGCGUGGUGAAGAUGUAGUGCAAAAUAGGACACGUGUCUUAACGAAUAACGACCUGAACAGAACGCCCUACGCCGUUUACAACCGAUACAAAGUUGACCGGUUGGAGAGUUUGGACUCGUGAAAAUCCAACCUCAACUAAUUAUUUUGUUGUUUCACCUUCUAUACUAUUUUUUUUAUUAUUAUUUUUUGUUUAAAGUUGUAAACAUCUUUCUUUUUUUGUUUGCGGGAUACGUUCAGUUCCUUGGCGAUUUUUCUUUGUUUCUAAGUUGAAAGCCCAAAUUUCUUGAGAUCUCUCUCACUCGCCCCCUCUCCCUCAGUCUCUGUUUACCGUAUUAACUAUAGCUGCUAUAUCCGUGCAGUAUGUGUUUCAAACAAGUUUUCUGUGUUAACUAAGCCCCUCUACGGCUUCUUUAUACAAAAAGGUUUGCAUAUGUACAUGUUCUGGUGUUUAAAUCUCAUUUUUCAUUGCAGCAAUUCACAACUAUCUUUCGUUUGCACAAAUCUCUAUAAGUUCUUCUAUUUGUUAUUUAUUUGAUACAUAUAUAAUUUUCGUUUUUUUAUAUACAUAUAUAUAAUGAAGUGAUAUCAACUUAACUGUAAGAACCAAUCCAAUAGGUGUACUUGUUUUUUUUAAUGUUGUGAAAUUGAAGAUUCCACGCCCUUCGACGUCGAUGUUGACUGCAGCAAAUUAAAGUUUUUCAUUUUCUUGUUAAGCAUUUUGUCGUACUUGAAAUUUUGGAUUAGUUGUGUUUUCCCACCUUUACUUUUUAUUUAUUUAUAGUACAAAAAGGUUAUUUUUGAACGAAAAGAGAAAUGAAAUUGCCAAAAAAAUUACUAGUUAAGUAAACUUAAUGUUGACAUAUCCCAGAAAAAAAUAUGAAGAAGAGAAGCUCCUCGCCACUAUUAUUAAUUUCUUAUUUUAGUUUUGUUCUUAUUUAUUAGUUUAUUUUCUUUUUCCUUGCUGUCUCCUUUGUUCUCUCUUAUUAUAUUCGUUGUCAUUUACAAAUUGUGCUUCCAAAAACAUGAACUUCUAAAACUUGUGUGUAAAUAUUACAAUAAUGAAACAUUGCAAUAUAUUUUAUACCUCAAGGCACUUAUCGUAACUAAGUACAAAGAAUGAUAUACAUAUAAUUAUA